GACGCCCUCACGUGACGACGCGAUUGAAAUUGGAGCCAACUUCGCGUCUCCGGUGCUGCCUUGAUCACCACCUCUCAUCAAUCCAGCAACUCCACCCUCCCAGGAUCGAUUCAAGCUAUCAUGCCUGAGAUCGGCGAAAUCGCACGCAUCGUGCACUUCCUCAAGAAGCAUGUCGUAGGCAAUACCAUCUCCGCCGUCAAGACACAAGAGGACGACAUUGUCUACGGCAAAGUAGGAUGUUCAGCGACGGCAUUCUCAGAGGCCAUGACUGGAAAGAAAGUGCUCGACGCGCGCCAACAGGGCAAAUAUUUCUGGCUUGUCAUGUCCUCGCCCCCGCAUCCCCUGAUGCACUUUGGUAUGACUGGUUGGAUCAAAUUCUCCAACGACGACAAUGCGCACUACCGCUCCAACGGUGUCGUCAAACCUGGGGACGCUGAAUGGCCUCCGAGAUUCUGGAAAUUCAUCCUGCAGAUCAAGGAGGAGCCGGACUGCGAAGUCGCGUUCGUGGAUGGUCGCAGACUUGGUCGCAUUAGGUUGGUGGAUGUCGAGGGCGACAUGAUGAGGAAGACAACCCCUUUGAAGGAGAACGGCCCUGAUCCUGUGGUCGACUCGGACAUAUUGACGCAGGAGUGGCUGGCGAAGAAGCUGAGGAGUAAAAAGGUUCCUGUGAAAGCCCUGCUUCUUGAUCAAGCAAAUAUCAGCGGAGUUGGCAAUUGGGUCGGUGAUGAAGUUUUGUAUCAAGCAAAAUUACACCCCGAACAAUACAGCAACACGUUCAGCGAUGAACAGAUCCAACGACUUCAUGACUCCCUCAUCGACGUAUGCACUACUGCCUGCACUACCCUAGCGGACUCUGAGAAAUUUCCCGAGAACUGGUUGAUGCGCCACCGCUGGAACAAGGGCAAAGAAGGAGGAGACCGGCUUCCAAAUGGAGAGAAGAUAAUCUUCCUCAAGGUUGGCGGACGCACUUCCGCAGUCAUCCCAAGCGUCCAGAAAAAGACUGGACCCGUAUCAGCUGGCAUCAAAGGUGAAGGCGAUGAAGACGAAGAUGGCGCAGAAGAGAAGAAACCAAAGAAGGCCAAGGGACGUGGCAAGGCUGUUGAUGACGAUGUGUCGCCGAAAGCACCAACUGCGAAAAGAGCAAGAAAGACCAAACAACCAGAGCCAGAAACCGAAGCAUCUGACGAGGAGGAGGAGGACGAAGUGAAGCCGAAUAAGAAACUAAAGCUAGCAAGCAAUGGCACUGGGAAGAAAACUGCGAAAGGCAAUACGUCAACGAAGAUCAAGGAAGAGACUCCCGGCAAGCGACGAUCAACACGGAACUAGGCAGGCUAAACUUCACAUCACUUAAAGCAGAAUGCGUGUGUACGGAGUAGGCUUUGUUUGCGUUUAGGCGUACAAGAGUUGAUGCCUGUCCCUAUCCUACAAAGUAGUUUUCGAUGUGUGUUGGCGUAGGAGUUUGGACAUUUUUUAUAGCAUAAUGGUUGACCCUGGAACUGUACCGUGAUCCUAUCCAAUUGAUUGCACAUCUGUGCUAAGUAAACAUUGAUAUACAAGUCUUGCCCUAAUAUACAUUUACUCUGCCUUCGUCUCUUCCACAUCCUUCUUCUCCUCCGGACCCUUCUCUUCCUCUUCCAUCAUGUACCUCCU